AUGCACGGCAUCAUCGAGCUCUCGCUUCAGCUCCUCAACUCAUUCCAGCCGGCCAAUUUCGGUCGUGCCGGAAUCCAAGUGCCUCUGCAAGACCAAGAUCAUGUGCGCCCUACACCAGUGACAAAGUCCUCUGGGCUUCCGGACUACUUUGUGACUGAUGAUGGGCACUUUCAAGGUCCUACCCAGACUGGCUCAGCCCCGUUCCUUGCGCAGACCAAUCUAGCGCCGUUUGCUGGUGUGUCUUACAUACCCAACACGCCUCUUGAGACCCAAGUCCCUAUUGUCGGCAAUGUGGACAAUAAGAACAUUUUCCAGAGCCUUGCCAACAUUAGUCCGUACUUUCCGAAUCCACGCGGUUUCGGUGUCAAUGAGUACCCAGUACCAGCUGGCACUAACGUGACAUGGCUGAACAUGGUACAUCGGCAUGGUAGCCGAUACCCCGAAGUAUCCGGGGAAGCCGCAGAAAGGACUCUGGGCAAGAAGCUCACUGAUGCUGCGGGCAAGUUUACCGGACACGGGCCACUGUCGUUCCUCAACGACUGGAAGUUUUUGCUGGGUGCCGAGAUCUUGGUGCCGAAUGGGAAGCAGGAGCUGUUCACGUCGGGCACACUGCAUUAUUACCAAUACGGUCAUCUGUACCCAAACAAUGGGAGCAAGAUCGUUGUCAGGAGUACUACGCAGCGUCGCAUGACGGAGUCUGCAGAGUACUUUUUGGCAGGUUUCUUUGGCUUGGGCUGGCCGCAAAACGCUACCUUGGAGUUGGCUAUUGAGGCACCUGGCUUCAACAAUACGUUGGCUGGUUACAAGCAAUGCAAUCAUUCGAGCUGGCACAUGGCUCGCGGAGCCCUCAUGGAGUGGGUUGGCGUGUACCUCCAUGAUGCCCAUCAGAGGUUCAGAAGCAACCUUACUGGUGACCUUGAUUGGACCAUCAACGACACAUACAAUGCUCAAGCCUUGUGCUCCUACGAGACUGUCUCCCUAGGCUUUUCUCACUGGUGUGGUCUAUUCACCUACGAGGAGUGGGAAGGCUACGAAUAUGCACUUGACAUUGCAUUCCAAGCCGGAACGGGUUUUGCGUCUCCCGUUGGACGAGCAAUCGGCAUUGGCUAUGUGGAAGAAGUCCUCGCCCGAAUGCAACACCACGUCAUAACGUCCCCCUCCGCCCAAAUCAACAUCACCCUCGACAACAACACCGUCACCUUCCCCGUAGACCAAAACCUAAACCUCGACUUCUCCCACGACGCCGGCAUCCUAAGCAUCCUCGUCGCCUUCGGCCUCACCCAAUUCGCAGACAUGCUACCAACUACACACAUCAAACAGGACCGCGAGUUCAUCCUCUCCCACCUGCAGCCCUUUGCCGGCCGCCUCGACAUUGAAGUCAUCAAAGCGCCUGCACCUGUGAACCCUAGACGCGGCGAUAAGACGGUUUAUCUUGAAGGUGGGCCGACUAGUUAUGUGCAUUUUAUACUUAACCAGAGGACUAUUCCGCUAGGGAGGAGUCAUGAGGCGUGUGGGAAGAGGGACGAUGGGUGGUGUGAGAUGAGCGCUUUUCUAAAAGUCAUGGAGAGGCAGAUUGAGCUCGCGGAUUAUGACUACGCUUGCUUUGGGGAGUACGAGGAGCCGGGGUAUGGGGAUGUUAGGGAUGGAAGGCCGAUUGUACGGAAGGAGGUGUAG